AUGUCUGCUUUGACUUGCGUAAAUGACGAUAACGAAGGCAUAGCAUACGACUUGCGUUGCCUUCCUCGAAUAUAUUUGUUCACACCAGUUUUGAACGAAAAGAACGAAAAGUGGGACAAUACAAAUAUCACAGUGAAAAGUGUGUUGGAGAUGCAGUCGAAUUCCUCGUCAAUUUCAUCACGGAAGAUUAAGAUUUCAUUUCAUGAUGCUGCUGCAGCUGCACCGAAUGAGUUAGAGGGACCAAGUCGAAAAAGAUUUAAAGAAAUUAUGGCACACUUGUACAACGAAAAAGAUGGGGAUGAUAAAAACUUGAAGAAAAGAAAGCUGUCUGAUCAAAAAAUUGGAACAAAAAGCCAAGGAGAGAUAGAAAAAGGUAGGAGUAAACCAUUCCUGAAGAGGGUCAUAAAUGUUGGUUGGCAUCACAAAAACCAUUUUGAUGCUCCUUAUGAGUCCAUGGGAAGUGCAAUAGGACCAAAAAUAAAUUUAAACGGAAAAGAAGACUAUCCCAUAGAAAAAUUAAAAUCAACACUUUUACUCCAGUAUAAGAAUGAGGAAAACAAAUAUUAUUUUGAAAAUUGCAUAAUCAGUCUCGGCAUGUCUGACUGCAGAGUUUUUAUAUCCAGGAAUCAUGAACAAAAUGUAAGCAUAGGGCAUACCGAAAAGCAAUUAUACGAAGACCUAAGAACUCCAAAGGCUGAACCAAAAAAUGAUUCUUCCGAUUCCAGAAAACUAAAGAUCGACUUAUUGAAAAAACCAAGCGUACCUUCACCUUCUUACUCAGAGCUGAUUAAUGCCUCCUUAAGUGCAUCUCUCAGCAACAGAAAACAAGCUGGACAUUCACGUGAGCAACAGGCAGAACCUUUCUCCUCGCUUGUAAUUUCGGAAACAGAACAAAGAAAAAAAGAACUAGAUCACUUUAAAAGACCAUUGGAUUAA